AUGCGACGAAAAAUAUUUCAAAUACAGAAGGCAACGUGGUUUUCGGGGAAGAAUAGAAAUACGCGAAAAAAAAGAAAGCGAUACUUUGGUAAAACUAAAGUAAACGGAAAGUGGUCUUACAACAUAGAAAGGGAACCAAGAAAUAUCAAAGAAAGAUGCGAGUGUAGAGUUAAAAACGGAACUUUAAAGUGCAGUGCAAUAACAGAAAAGCAAAGAAAAGACAUAUUCCAAUAUUUUUGGAGUCUUUGUUGGGGAGAAAAAAAGUUAUUCGCUGACAGUACUGUAACGAGUGAAAUUAUUAAAAGGUCAAUAGAUAGAAAAGCACCAAAACAAUCAAGAAGAAAUUAG